AUGGAAGGACAACUUUGUUUAGGAUGGAAUUGUCGUGGGCUUAGGAACCUGUGUACAGGGAGGGAGCUCGAGGAAAUCAUACGGGCAAAAAAUCUCACUGUAGUGUUUUUAGCUGAGACGCUUACAGAUGAUGCAAAGCUAGAGUUUGUUCAAAGAAGUAUUGGUUUUGAUCAUAGAUGGGUUGUACCAAGAGUGGGAAGAGGUGGAGGACUAAUUCUUUAUUGGAAAGCAUCGAUCAAUCUAAAGGUGGAAGAUUCGGAUAGGUACUAUAUUGAUGUGGUGAUUGAUAAAAAUACGGAGAAUGAGUGGAGAUUAAUGGGUUUUUAUGGUGAACUUGAUACAGCGAGACGUCAUGAAGCUUGGGCCAAGCUUAGGACUUUGAACUCACGACCUGAAAAGCCAUGGCUUUGUUAUAGGGAUUUUAAUGAAAUCAUCAGACAAGAUGAGAAACUUGGGGGUGCAAGAAGGCCUUAUAAUCAGAUGCAGCGAUUUAGGGAGGUGAUUGAUGAAUGUGGGUUCAUGGACUUGGGAUUCGAGGGCUCUAAGUUCACUUGGAGCAAGCACUUCGAAAAUGGGGUUUCAAUUUGGGAGAGGCUUGAUAAGUGUUUGGUAAAUAAUAGUUGGUUCAUGAAGUUUAGAGGUUCAAAGGUUUGUGAGGAGGUGGUAGUUUCGGCUUGGGGCAAUGGGUGUGAAGUCGGUUAUGAGGGUGAUAUACUAAGAAAAGUGGAGAAGUGUGGAAAGGAAUUGGGGCAAUGGGAGAAAAAUGUUUUUGGGAAUGUGAGAUUGGAAUUGAACCAUUUGAAAAAGGACCUAGCUAGAGAAGAGAGGGCAGCCAUGGUUAGUGGGAUUAAUUUUAGGGUGAGACAAAUUAAAAAAGAGAUUGAGGUAUUGCAGGAUAGGGAAGCUAUGAUGUGGGCUCAACAAUCACGAAUUCUAUGGCCAAAUCAGGGGGAUAAAUAUACAAAGUAUUUCCAUAGUUGUGCCUCAAAGAGAUAUAGGAAGAACUUAGUGGAAGGCAUCUUAGAUUGUGUGCCUACAGUGAUAGAUGAGGAGAUGAAUGAAAGUCUAUGUAGAAAGUUUGAAGCAAGUGAAGUAGCUACUGCCCUCCAACAAAUGGCGCCCCUCAAGGCACCUGGACCGGAUGAAAGAGAGGAAGCCAGUGUCACAAUUGCUUUGUAUAAAUGUACCACUACUCAAACUGUCUUGUUUAUGGAAGCAAGAGGGCGUUUUAGUUCAACCGUACCAAUCAGAGAUGAUGGAUACAAAGAGUUAUUUACAUCAGUUCCUCUUUUGGUUAAGGUAAAUUUUGAUGGCGUUGUGUUCCAUGAUCUCAGCAAAGCAAGUGUUGGUGUCGUGGUUCGUGAUACACAUGGGAUGGUUUUAGCUUCAAUGUCCAAACAAAUUCCUCUUCCCAAUUCUGUGGCAAAGGUGGAAGUCAUUGCCGCUGUGAAAGCUAUAAACUUUGCUCAAGAAGACGAUUUCUCUUCGUUUGUUUUUGAAGGCGAUUUCAAGGCUAAAAUUUGUAUGGCUUCUUUUAAUUUCUAUCAUUUUUCUCAUAUUCGUAAACAAGGUAAUUGUGUUGCUCAUAACUUUGGUAGACAUGCUAGACAUGUUAGCGAUCUUCUUGUGCGGAUGGAGGAUGUUUCUCCACACAUCAACUCUAUUCUCUUAGCCGAUUUUGGUCAAUUUGUUUUGUGGGGGCCAGUUAAUCAGGAGGUUCUGUUAAGGCUGUAUUAA